AUGAAGGUCGAAGUGGCCCGUGAUAAGUUGUUGUCAAACUAUGAGGUGUAUAGACAUCUUGUUGAUAUACAGAAGGAAAACUCGUGGUCUUAUACGAUUCCAGAAGCCAAAAAGGAAGGAAAGAGACGCAAGAAAAGAAAGGCCGAUGCGCUGAUUGAUCAAGAGAUCAUAACAAAAGAUCUUUCUGGUUACCUAAUUCAAAACAACCAAUCUAAUGAUAUUCAAGUGAAAAGUAUAGUAAACUUGAUGCUUGGUCUGAACGUGUACAAGUUGGAAAAAAUAGAAAAGCUUCAGAUCCUAAAUAUACUACCGAGAUCAAUGGUGAUACUAUAUGCCAUUAUAGAAGAUUGUGACCAGCGGUUAAGCGAGGAUCAAUGCCAACGGUUGUUGAGUAUUGUCAAUGAGAACUUCCCUUUAUCUGGGGAAAAAGAGGAGGCAGAUGAAGAAAAUGGAAGUCAUAUGGAGGAAGUCGAAGAGGUUGAGGAAGUCGAGGAAGUCGAGGAAGUCGAUGAAGCCAACGAAGAAACCGAAACUCCAGAGGUUGCUCAUACUGAUGGAUCAGAGGAUGAAAAUAUGUUUGAGGAUGUCAAUGAUGACUUGGAACAUGAAGUAUUGGGAGGGAAGACAAAAAAUGACGAGAAGGAGAUCGAUGAGUGA